AGCCUAGCCUAUCGUGCACACGGCGUUAGAUGUGAAGCCAGCGCUGAGGAGUAGCGCACAUUGCUAGCCUGCAGCCAGACCCCAGUUCGAUUCCAGCUUUCGCCCCCGCCCACCCUCCCCUCCCCUUACCCCAGGCUGCCGGAGUGUGUCUGGAAGCAGAAUAAAACGGAGCCUGGUCUUUCAGUGAGGGAGUUACUGUACCCGCCAGGAUUUCUUCGGAGGGUCAGCCUUGCCAAGAAAGUUUCGAUUCCGCGCUGCAAGCGACGGGAAGCGUUGCCGGUUGAGCGAGAGAGAAUGCCCGUUCUGACUUCUCCAGAAAUCGCCACGAAAUUCAAGGAGAACUGGAUGAUGCUGCACCCGGAUGAUCAAGAUAACGUGAACGGUGCUGUAAACCUGGACGACAGUCUGACCAGCCUUCAGUGGCUGCAGGAUUUCUCCAUCCUCAGUGCCAACCUGGAGAAGCCUGCUGGUGCCCAGCAUCACUGUAAGCAGCAGCACACACCCGGCUCAGACUCCCCUGCUUCACCUCCAGCUGGCGAUACCGCUGCCAGUGGUGUGCCAGCUGGCCUGGGCAAGACCACCUCGGCUGUGGCUGGCACCAAGACCUUGAUUCAGGCUCAGCCUCCUUCCCAGAGCCCAGCAGAGGAUGUUGACUACAAGACAAACCCCCAUGUCAAACCACCCUACUCCUACGCCACGCUUAUCUGCAUGGCCAUGCAAGCCAGCAAGAAGAGUAAAAUCACCCUGUCUGCCAUUUAUAACUGGAUCACCGACAACUUCUGCUACUAUAAGCACGCUGACCCCAGCUGGCAGAAUUCUAUUCGUCAUAACCUAUCUUUAAAUAAAUGCUUCAUGAAAGUGCCAAGGCAGAAAGAUGAACCUGGUAAAGGGGGUUUCUGGCAGAUUGAUCCACAAUAUGCUGAUAUGUUUGUUAAUGGUGUAUUCAAAAGGAGACGGAUGCCAGCAACACACUUUAGCGCCCUCAAACAAAGCAAACUCCCAUCUGUAACCACAUCUGAAGUCUCGAUAAAUCCGUCAACUGAACCUUUUCUGUCUUACUCGGGGCCUGGACAUACUUCCGUGCGGUACAUGGAAAAUGCUCACAAUAAUCCGCUUUUCAACUCUUCAGAUAGCCAACGAACUGCAAGCAAACGCAAGCAAGCCUUGCCAAAGCGAACAAUGAAGAUGUCCAGAACUACCAAGUCUCCACUGCUGGCUCAUGAUGAUAGAGAAUCUGAAUCACUCAAGGGAGACUUUGACUGGGCCUCAGUCUUUGAUGAUGUGUUCAAUGCAAAUGGGAGCAAUUUUGAGGACCUAGACAUCAAUGCAGCAUUGAACUCUCUGGGUACAGAGCUGGAUCUUACUGUCCAAGGAAGGCAUAUUAGCCCACAGUCUAAAUGGUGCUCCAUGGGGAUGGACCAGGUUCUUGCAGAAACCACCAGCCAAGCUUCCCAGUUUGAAGAUUUUACAUUUUUCUCUGAUGCUCAAAGGCAUCCAUGGGAGGAGAUGAAGGAAGAAUUCCAAAUUACCCCUUUGGAUAUAGAUCAAAGCUUCAACUUCUAUGAAGGAUUCUUCAAUGAACUGCAUCAAUGGGAAAGAGGAGACAACUUUCUGUGACAAGACUAUGUUCCCCUAAUGAUCAAUCUUGAACCAUUUGCUACAUUAGCAUUAAUGCUCUUGAUUAUUAGAAAUGUACAGCUUACAUGAAGUUCCUUUAUACUGUUGAAAAAUGACCCGUUUGUUAUUUUUUAUCGUUUAUAAUUUUUACACUGGAAUACCAUUUAUGAGAUUUCCGUCACGGUUGAAAGAAAUCAGUCUGAAAUUCUUAAUAGUUUAAGAUCAUACCAUCUGAUUACAUACCAGAUUGUACCACCGGAGGUGCACAAUACUGCAAUGUUUUAAAGGGAUGUGUUCUCAAAGCUAUUUGCCAUUUCAGAUUCUUUCUUUGUUCAAAGCCGAAAAUUGCUCACACAAUUGCACUUGACACUUUGGAAGACAAUGUUGCUGAAGUGAAAAUAUGAAGCCAAUAGUCAAGUCAAGCAAACGUACAAUGAAUGGAACUGUGAUGGCACUAUUUACAUACAGUUAAUUAGGAGCUAGCUAAUUCUUAAGUGAAAUGGCUCUUAAGAGAUUAUCCUUGCUAGUUGAUCCAAAAAUUGUACAUUGAAGUAUAUUGCACUUACUCCUAAAAAUGACUAACCCUAACUUGUGUUAAAAUCAACUCCUGUUAACUUCCAGUUGCAGUGUUUUGCCAUAUGAACUUGAAUUAGAAAUACAGGGCUAAACUAGAAGUCAUUUCAAGUUAAUUUUCUAAAUUUUUUUUCUUGACUUGGCUAUUGAAUGAAUGUUGAGCUUUGGUUCAAUGGCUUCACAGAAUCAACACACUUACAGGAUGUAAGGCACAGUUUUGACCAUAUAUUUUUCCAUAAAAGACUUAUUUUGCUCAGAUGUCCUAGUGUUAAAGGUGUAGUUUUCUUUUCUUUUUGGAAUUGAUUUGGUGACUAACCUGAGUGAAAUUCUCAAAACAGAAGGGACGUGGGUAGGAUUUGAUUCAGUUAUUGUUUGGAACUGCCCUUAAUCAUGACAAACUCAAGGUCUAAAUGAUUGAAGACUAGAAAGGGCAAAUGUACUUGCUGCAUAUACACAGUGACACAAGCAUCUCGGGCUGCCUGCAUUAGCAUGGAUCAUUUAAAAAAAAAUGUUAUCAAGUCAUCGUGAUUCUAUGCAGAAUUCCUUUUCUUAUUGUGUUGGAACUGCUGCCUUAACAAUGAAGUUAUGGAGGGUUUCCAUCCCGUGACUUUUGCAAAGAGCUGCUAUGUAAUUCAGAAGAUGAAAUGAACAACGUUCGCUGAACUGUGUAACUAUGCCAAUCUCUAAUUCAUGAAUGCAAACUAGAGAUAAACUCAUCAAUCUUUGAGCUGAAUGGAUAAGUAGUCACUGUUAGAUGCUUGUUUUGUAACAGGGAAGUCGAUGUAUUUGCUUGGGUCACUGUUAAUUGACCAAUGGAGCAAAUCCCCCAUGUGUGCAAUCUCCCAUUUUCUAUUCUGGUUAAAUGCUAUUUGCCUCACCGCAAUAAAAAUUGUGGGGUUUAAAGCCCAUUUUUCUAGAGUUUUAUUUGAGUAAACAAUAAUUACCCAUCAUAUUUCCAAUUAGAAACAAAUGCUACUUUGUAAUACCAGCAUCAUGAAGAAAAUGAGCUACUUUGAUACACGCCAUAGCAGUAUACGUGAAUAUAAUAUGAACUAUUAUAUGUUGGAUGUAAAUUUGAAUCUGUUUGAAGUACAUUACUAAUUCACCCAAUCUGGAUCCACUUUAGUUCUAGAACUGCCCACUAAAUUAAGGGUUGUGAUGAGUGGACAGGAUAAAUGGAGCUGAGCCCAUGAAAAGAUCAGCCAUGAUCUUAUUGAAUGGCAGAGCAGGCUCGAUGGACCAAAAAGGCCUAUUUCUGCUCCUAUUUCUUAUGUUCUUAUGAAAAACUCAUAGAAAUGUCUGCCAACAAGGUCAUUCACAGUUGGAGUUGUUUUCAGUCAUGAAAUGUGGGAAUUGCUGGCUAGGUCAGCAUUUAUUACCUCUCAUCAAUUACCUUUGAGAUGGUGGUAGCGAGGAGCCACCAUGAACACUGCAGUCUCUGUGCAAUAGGGACACUUAUGACACUGAUAGGGAGGGAGUUCAAAGAUUUUGCCCCAGUGACACUGAAGGAGCAGUGAUAUGUUAGCACUUGCAUAUAUCUUUUGCGCAGUGGGUUUGUUCACCAUCAUGGGUAAGCGAAGAACGUCAGAAGGGACGUCAGAUCUGGAAUCAUUAUUUGUGGGGCGAUUUUUAACCAUGAGCAGUUGAAAUGGAUGUGAGUAACGCUGAUUGCAUUUCAACUAAAAUGGUUGAUUGUCUCCUUUUCAAUGGGGCUUCUUGUCGUGUGUAAUCUCCAAGAUUGGGUGGCAUGGCGACUCAGUGGCUAGCGCUGCUGCCUCAUAGUGCCAGGGACCUGGGUUUGAUUCCACUCUCGGGCGACUGUCUAUGUGGAGUUUACACAUUCUCCCCGCGUCUGCGUGGGUUUCCUCCCACAGUCCAAAGGUGUGCAGGUUUGGUGGAUUGGCCAUGGGAAAUUCAGUGUUACAGGGUUGGGGUGGGUCACUGUAGACUUGUUGAGCUGAAUGGCCUGCUUCCACACUGUGGGGAUUCUGCCUGAUUGGAAAAUUAUUUUGGGUUGCACCAUCAAUGUCCAAUUCAAGUUAGGCACCAUUUGUAGUUUUUGAAUAGAUAGCGAUUUGUGGAAACUUGAACUGAUCCAAAUGCAUCCUCACUUCUGGCCAAAUGCAGAAAAAUACUAGGAAUCUUACUUGAAUGUCACCAGCAUUGGUGUGUGGACUUUUCAAAAGAGCUUCUCAUUCUUUCCAAUCUAAAUGUUGGAUACACUAGUGAGGAAAAUGUUGGGCUGGGCAUCACCCCCCCUACAGUGGACAGGAUUAAAGAAUGGAACAGCUGUACAGUAUUGUUAACUGUGAACAGUGCACUGUAUUUGACUUUGCCGUUGGAAAUUGAGUGUCUGAAAUAAAGGAAAUGACUUUGAGAGUG